AUGACUGUGGGAGGAGACGAGUGUGAGGACGAAGCCGAAGUGAGCGAUCUCAGAGAAAGUCUGCGGGCUUGGAGCACAUUAGCCGGUCCAUCAUCUUCCAGUGCGGCUGUUGUCGACCAACAGCUGUAUGAUCUUUCAUCCGACUGCGAUCCUGAAUUCGAAGCUGUGCUCAGCAGCGUCUUUGCCAAUGAAAAUCGACUGUUUCAGCCUCUUUCGGAUGAUACUUUUUCCCCGAUUUUCACUGUGCAAAAAUAG